AAAUAAACUUAGUACUAGUACUCUUCCCAGAAAACUUCCGGCUCCAGUAUAUUCUUUAAAAAUUUUCUUCACUAUUUUACCUUUUUAACUGUAAUAUGUUUCGCUGCUUUGGCGCGCUUCUGCGCAGGCGUCCAAGCGGGAUGGGCCAACGCUUUGAACACCAAAUGCCCGAGUAUCUGAAGAAGGUCGAGACGGACAAGGAUCCCGAGUUCUCGGCCAUGGUGCUCUAUUACUAUCACAAGGCUGCGCAGACACUGGAGCCGGAGCUAAUCAAGGAGAUGGCAAAGUAUCCGCACUUAAAGGAGGAGGAGCGUAAGCAGCGCGUCAGCGCAAUCCUUAAUCUGAUUGGAAGCGUCUCCACCUCGGUGGAGAUUAACUUUCCCAUUGUGCGCAAGAACGGCACCUACGAGAUCAUUACCGGCUAUCGCUCUCACCACGUGCGCCACAAACUGCCCCUCAAGGGUGGCAUCCGUUUCGCCAUGGACGUUGACGAGAGCGAGGUAAAGGCCCUUGCCGCGAUCAUGACAUUCAAGUGCGCCUGCGUCAACCUGCCGUACGGUGGAUCCAAGGGAGGGGUGCGCAUCGAACCUAAGAACUACACUGUGGACGAGCUGCAGACGAUUACGCGACGGUACACAAUGGAGCUACUGAAGCGCAACAUGAUUGGACCUGGAGUAGAUGUGCCGGCGCCCGAUGUGAAUACGGGUCCGCGAGAGAUGGCCUGGAUCGUGGACCAAUACCAAAAGACCUUCGGGUACAAGGACAUCAAUUCGGCGGCUAUUACCACCGGCAAGCCCGUCCAUAUCGGCGGCAUCAAUGGUCGCAACUCGGCCACGGGCAGGGGCGUAUGGAAGGCGGGCGAUCUCUUUCUGCAGGACAAGGAGUGGAUGGACCUGAUCAAGUUAAAAACAGGCUGGGAGGACAAGAAAGUCAUUGUUCAGGGCUUCGGCAACGUUGGCUCCUUCGCCGCCAAGUUCGUACACGAGGCUGGGGCAAAGGUAAUCGGGGUCAAGGAGUUCAAUGUGUCGAUCGUUAACAAGGACGGCAUCGAUAUAAAUGAUCUCCUCGAGUAUGUGGCUGAGAAGAAGUCUGUCAAGGGAUACCCCAAAGCCGAGGAGACCUCGGAGGAGUUGCUGACCGCCGAAUGCGAUAUCCUAAUGCCCUGCGCCACCCAAAAGGUGAUCACCAACGAAAACGCCGGGGAUAUCAAGGCCAAGCUGAUCUUGGAGGGGGCAAAUGGACCUACUACUCCCGCUGGCGAGAAGAUCCUGCUGGAAAAGGGCGUGCUCCUGGUGCCCGAUCUCUACUGCAACGCGGGUGGAGUUACAGUCUCCUACUUUGAGUAUCUGAAGAACAUCAACCACGUAUCCUACGGCAAAAUGAACUCCAAGAAGACCUCUGAGCUCAUCUACGAGUUGCUCAAUUCCAUCAACGAGUCGCUUAAUACAUGCCCCGAUAGCUUUCCAGAAAUAGUGGCCAACGAAAAACUGAAGAGAAUACGCGAGUGCACCACGGAGGCGGACAUUGUGGACUCAGCUCUCCAGACGGUCAUGGAGGCGGCGGCCAUGGGGAUCAAGCAGAUGGCCAACAAGUUUGAGCUUUGCAACGACCUACGUCGUGCCGCUUACGUAUACUCGGCUUUAAAGGUCUUCGAGGCCAUAGAGAGUUCUGGUAUUUCCCAGCAGUGAUGAGAAAUUAAUUUUAAAUUUUAAUUUUAAUUUUAAAAU